AUGGCGAAAACGACGUCGAUGCUGCUCUGUACGCUAUUCCUCUUCGGAAUCCUAGCUCUUACCCAGGCAAAGAAAUCGAAGGAGGAAUUGAAGGAAGUGACCAACAAGGUUUUCUUUGAUGUUGAGAUUGAUGGGAAAGCUGCAGGUCGUAUUGUAAUUGGUCUUUUCGGGAAGGCCGUUCCAAAAACUGCAGAAAACUUCCGAGCUCUUUGCACAGGGGAAAAGGGGACUGGUAAAAGUGGAAAGCCUCUCCAUUACAAAGGUAGCUCAUUCCACAGAAUUAUUCCUAGCUUUAUGAUCCAAGGAGGUGAUUUUACACAUGGCAAUGGAAUGGGCGGAGAAUCAAUUUACGGAGAGAAGUUUGCUGAUGAGAACUUCAAGUUAAAGCAUACUGGACCAGGACUUCUGUCAAUGGCGAACGCAGGUCCUGAUACCAACGGUUCUCAAUUUUUCAUCACAACUGUGACAACUAGUUGGUUGGACGGAAGGCAUGUUGUUUUUGGUAAAGUUAUAUCUGGAAUGGAUGUUGUUUACAAGAUUGAAGCUGAAGGAAGGCAAAGUGGCACUCCCAAGAGCAAGGUUGUUAUUGCCGACAGCGGUGAACUUCCACUAUAA